AUGGGCUCCGAUUUCGAUUCCCGUGCUUAUCAGAUCUCCGCCACUCCACACAGGGACUCGAAAUUUAGUUCCAUUUCCUCCGCUAAGAAAUCAAUAACUAACACUAAGGCGGCCUCGGCCUCCGCCGCCGCCGCCGCCGCCGCCGUUAUUUCCACUUCACGCCUCGUCCUGAAAGUCAAACCGCCCUCCAAUAAGAAGAAGAAGAAGAAGAAUCAUUCUUCAAACACAGCAGAGAAUGCAGAAUCCGAGGGACAACUUGAAGAAAACCCAUCUCAACUUCCGCUGCCGACUUCCUCGCCGGAGAUCCCUAAUUUCACCGUCAUUCGUCGCUCCGACAGUGGAAGCUCAAACCCUUUAUUUCCUUCUUCCAAAAGUGCUCCCCUUUCUGCCUGUGGACGUAUAUUGUCCAGGUUCACGAAAUCCCAGAGAGAAAACAUCACAUUUCAGCCUAUUGAGAGUGAUCCUGUUGGCCCUAAGCUACAGGGCAUUGAAAAAGAAGGUGCUAAUAAUUCGUCCACGAAGAAGCAUCCUAAUUCUAUUGGAGGUUGUGGUAAUGUGUCUUCUUCUCCUUCGUCGGGUAAUUUAUCGAAGAGAGUUAAAUCCGUCAGUGAUGGUAAUUUUGUGAAACUUAAUAUCAAUGGUUAUGGUAGUAAAAAGUUCAAGUUCAAAGGUAAAAGGAAGAGCUUUGCAAGUUAUUCAUCAACUGGGCGUCCUAGAUUUUCUAAGAAAUGGAAGGGGAAAGCUGGAGUUGGAGUUGAAGGAGGUGAACUGGAGAGUGGGUUUUGUGAGGAAGAGGGUUUGGUUUGGGAGAGAAAGCAAAAUGAGGAGAAAAAGAGGUCGACGUUUGAUGCUGGGAUGAUUGAGGAGGCUGUGAUGAUGGUAAGAAAUGAGGCGUCAGAUGACAAUUUACUAAGGCUGUUGAAGUUGACGCACGGAUAUAAUUCAUUUAGAGAUGGACAAUUGGAAGCUGUUAAGACGGUGCUCUCUGGAAAAUCAACAAUGUUGGUUUUACCGACCGGUGCCGGAAAAUCGCUGUGUUAUCAAUUGCCUGCGGUGGUGCUGCCAGGGAUUACGCUUGUCGUGAGUCCUUUAGUAGCUUUGAUGAUUGAUCAGCUCAAACAUCUUCCCCCUGCCAUCCCGGGUGGUCUUCUUUGUAGCAGCCAGACACAAGAUGAGGCUUGCGAGACACUUGAGUUGCUAAAGGACCAAGCAAUUAAGGUUCUUUUCGUUUCACCAGAGAGGCUUUUGAAUGCAGAGUUCCUGUCCAUCUUUUCUGGCAUCAGUAGUCCUUUAGUAUCUUUGGUGGUAAUUGAUGAAGCACAUUGUGUUUCCGAAUGGUCACACAAUUUCCGGCCCUCAUACAUGAGGUUAAGAGCAUCAGUAUUGUAUGCUAAGCUUCAUGCUCAAUGCAUUCUUGCUAUGACUGCAACAGCUACGUCCAAGACUUUGCAUGAUGUGAUGCAUGCUUUGGAGAUUCCUGCUGGAAAUCUAAUCCAGGCUGCCAAAAUGAGAGAUAAUCUGCAGUUAUCUCUCUCAAUGACUGGAGGAAAUAGAAUGAAGGAUUUGAUGACAUUGCUUAAGUCUCUACCUUUUCUGGAAGUAAAAAGCAUCAUAAUUUACUGCAAAUUUCAGUAUGAAACUGACAACUUAAGCAAAUUCCUAUGUGAUAACAAUAUCUCAGCUAAGAGUUAUCAUAGCUCUAUCCCAGCAAAAGAACGCCGAACCAUACAAGAACAAUUUUGCAAGAACAAGAUAAGAGUGGUGGUUGCAACUGUGGCAUUUGGCAUGGGUCUUGAUAAAAAAGAUAUUGGAGCUGUAUGGACAUUUUCUUGGUUCUUUUGUUUGAAAGCAUCUAUCCCUGUAACUUCAACUUCUAUACAUCUGUCACAGGUGAUUCAUUACAGCUUACCAGAAAGUUUGGAAGGAUACGUCCAGGAGAUUGGACGUGCAGGACGUGAUGGAAGAUUGUCAUACUGCCAUCUUUUCUUUGAUGAGGCUACCUAUUUUAAGAUGCGUAGUCUCAUGCACAGCGAUGGUGUAGACGACUUUGCAGUUAUUAAGUUCCUCAGUCAAGUUUUCCAUAAUGGAAUCAGUUCAUCUGGGAAAAUUUGUUCACUCAUUAAGGAGUCUGCUUCGCGUAAAUUUGAUAUCAAAGAAGAGGUAAUGCUUACAAUCUUAACUCACUUGGAAAUAGGCGAUAUACAGUACUUGAACUUACUUCCGCAGCUAAAUGUCACUUGCACUGUAAAUUUCCAUCAGGUUUGCUCCUUUAAUAUUGUCAGUCAGGUGCAUCUUUUUGCUAUAGCUUCUGCCACUCAUUUGAAAGAAGUUUUGGUAAUGCAGACAUCCCCGGGAUUGCUCGCGUUGAAUGAUACGCUGAUUGCAGCAAUUUUAAGGAAGUCUGAACUGAAAGAUGGGCAAUAUGUGUUUGACAUACCAAGUGUAGCAAAUAGCAUCAGAUUGCUGCCUGCUGAGUUAUCAAGUCAUCUACAUAAUCUAAAGCUGAAAGGAGAAAUUACGUACGAGAUGAAGGAUCAAGCAUAUUGCUACACAAUUUUGGGUGUCCCAAAUGAUAUAUGCUCUAUGGCAGCAAAUACUGCAAAGUGGUUGUCACAAGUUGAGAGGUGUAAGGUGCAAAAAUUGGAUGCCAUGUUUAAUGCUGCAGCCUUUGCUAUUAAAGAGUGUGAUAAGGUAGCCGGAUGUGAUGGUCACCAGCAUACCACUUGCUUAGCAAAGAAAAUUUCUGAGUACUUUAACAAAGACGACGAAUAUGAUGUACCGAAUAAGAUGGGAGAACAUAGCCGGUUUUUAAGCGCCGACAUAAAGGUGUUCUUGCAAAGUCAUUCACAGGCAAAGUUUACCCCCAGAGCUGUGGCUAGGAUAAUGCAUGGAAUUGGGAGCCCAGCAUUUCCUUCUGCAACUUGGUCAAAAACACAUUUCUGGGGAAGAUACAUGGAAACCGACUUCAAGGUAGUCAUGGAAGCAGCUCAGGCAGAGCUCCUCAACUUUGUUUCAAAGCAUUCAGCCUAA